GUCUCCGGCUUCCGCUCCAGGACCGAAAUGGCAACUCCGGCAGUCUCCUCGACAUCAGUCACGCUAGGCGCCCCACCACGCGCUUCCGCACUACUAAUUCUCUGGACUAGCUUCUGACCACGAGCAUGGCACCCCGCAGCCACAUGGUCGGGCGACAGCAGGCCGAUCCCCACCCUCAGGCCGCUUGGCGCUUCUUGGCCACUCCGCCUCGAGCCGCCCUUGUUACCCCAGGAUUUCUCCACGUCCCCAACUUACACGGGGUUGUAGACCCGUGGUCCCCCAGACUGGCCCACGGCAUCUCAGGGCAGAAGGCCGGUUGACAAGUAUAUAUAGGUGUCUGUCUGCAGCUGCAAUUUCAAUGAUCAGAGAAUUGAUCAUCUUCACGCUUCACGAUUAUCAAGUGCCACCAUGGAAACAAAGGAGUCAGCCCAACCCGCGGUCGAGCACCACCAGGGGCUCGAGAAGGCUCACGAGACUGGCAAUGUCGACAACGGCGAAGUUCUCGAAACUCGGUUUGCAGGCUUGUCACGAUGGGCCUCGGUCAGAACUUUCUGGAAGGCCAUCCUCUUUUGUCUGAUUCUGAGCUGGGCUGCUCUAAACGAUGGUUUCCAACAACAAGUUCCUGGCAACGUCAUUCCAAUGCCCGCUUUCGUCAAGGACAUGGCCGAUAUCGUCAAUGCCAACGGCGAGCCCGCCGUCAGCGCCAAGACCGUGUCUCUCUGGCAAGGUCUCGCUGAGAUGACCAAGACAUUGGGCAUGUUCAGUGGUGGAUGGGUUGCCGAUCGCAUCGGCCGCAAAUAUGCCAUGGUUGCCUCGAUCGUUGUCCUGCUUGCCGGCUCCACCGCCGAAAUCACCGCUCACAGCUGGCAAACGUGGCUGGUGGGCGCCAUGAUCAUCCGACUUGGCGUCGGCCUUGCGCAGUCCAUCCUAGUGGUUUACAUCUCAGAGCUCGCACCUCACCAGGUCCGCGGCUUCAUGAUUGGUGCCUACCAACUCUCUCUCGCUGUUGGCCAGCUCAUCAGUGCAGUGGCUUCUCAGAUUGUUGUGACGCAGCGCCCUACGGAGUGGAAGCCUCUGAUUGCCACCGAAUAUCUCUUCAGCGGCGUGCUCGCCAUCAUCAUUUGGCUCGUGCCCGAGUCUCAUCUCUAUUAUGCCCGCAAAGGUCAACACGAGAAGGCCAAGAAGUCUAUGAUCGCGCUCUAUGGCUACGCUGAUGGCUACGACGUCGAAUAUGAGUAUCGCGUUAUUCAGCACGGCAUCCUCGCUGAACAGGAAUUCAACGGUACCGAGAGUAGCUUCCUAGAGAUCUUCAGAGGUCUCAACUGGCGCCGCACUCUUGCUGGCUGCUUAGGCAUUUGCAGCCAGUGGGCGGCGGGUGCACCCAUCGUUUUCUCAUACUCAACGUACUUCUUCGCCGUUGCUGGUCUUGAGGACCCCUUUCUCGUCACUAUCAUCACAUUCGUCCUACUCCUGGUGUCGAUCUUCUGCGCUCUCAUUGCCUGUGAGCACAUCGGCCGGAGGCCCCUCUUGAUCGGUGGCUGCGCUCUCAUGCUUAUUUUCAAUGUUUGUCUCGCCACGACAGGCUUUUUCAAAACAAAGCCGUCAGAGAAGGCUGCCCUGGGUUUCCUUUUGCUGUGGGUUAUCUGCUAUGGCUUCUCUGCUGGCCCGAUCGGCUUCGUCGCGUCGGGGGAGACCUCGACCCCUCGUCUCAGGGCUCAGACAACCUCUUUCAACUUGGGCUGCUAUGGGCUAGGGUUUGUCGUCUUUCAGUGGACCAUUUCCUACAUGAUCAGCCCCGAUGCCGCCAAUCUAGGAGUCAAGGCUGUGUAUGUAUGGGCAGCUCUCUUGCUGCCAACAACUGUACUCCUGUACUUUUACUACCCCGAGACGUUUGGUCGCACUUACUGGGAGAUUGAUGAGCUCUAUGAGCGCAAGAUCCCCGCAUGGAAGUUCAAGAGCACUCCGACGUUUGCUGAGAACAGCGGCCUCAAGAGGAAGGCUCCUGCUGGAGCAAUUGGCCGUGCGGGAGGCCCGCUGCAGGAGUCAGCUUGACCCGAGGAUCUGCACCCUACAUUUUGGUAGAGCAGACCUUGAUGGUUGUUGGUAGUGCUAUCAUUCGCAUGGGCUGUGAACGUUCACGAUACUGUUGAACGGGUUAUUGUGCAGAAGAGUGCAAUCACGGUUUACAGAGACACGAACACGAGUCAGAUUGCGC